AUGGGUGUACCAGCUAUGCCUCGAUCAACUAAAUUAAUUAAUGAAUCACAUAUUUGGAAAAGUAAAGUUGAUGAUCUUAAAGAAUGUAAUAUUCCACGAUAUUAUCGAUUGUAUAAUGAGGUUAGUUUUCGAGAAGUAUACAAUUUUUCACGUUUACUUGAUGCAUAUUUGAAUACAAAUCGAAUAUCAACAAAAGAUUAUUCAUCAAUGAUUAAAAAGUUUGCAUUAGAACAACAAUUACCACCUCCUAUAACAAGUGUUGCAUAA